UGGAGGCAGGAACUGCGGUUGAUCUACCAGUGCUUCGUGUGGUGUGGAACCCCAGAAACCAGGAAAAGCAAGGCAAAGUCGUGCAUCUGCCAUGUGUGUGGCACCCAUUUGAACAGACUCCACUCUUGCCUUUCCUGUGUCUUCUUUGGCUGCUUUACCGAGAAGCACAUUCAUGAGCACGCUGAGACAAAACAACACAACUUAGCCGUAGACCUUUACUAUGGAGGUAUAUACUGCUUUAUGUGUAAGGAUUAUGUAUAUGACAAAGACAUUGAGAAAAUUGCCAAAGAAGAGCAAGGAGAAGCUUUGAAAUUACAAGCCUCCACCUCAACAGAGGUUUCUCACCAGCAGUGUUCAAAACCAGGCAUUGGUGAGAAAUAUCCGACCUGGGAAACAACCAAACCGGAGUUAGAACUGCUGGGACACAACCCACGGAGAAGAAGGAUCACCUCAAGCUUUACCAUCGGUUUAAGAGGGCUCAUCAAUCUUGGCAACACAUGCUUUAUGAACUGCAUUGUCCAGGCACUCACCCACACUCCGAUCCUGAGAGAUUUCUUCCUCUCUGACAGGCACAGAUGUGAAAUGCCGAGUCCUGAGUUGUGUCUGGUCUGUGAGAUGUCCUCUCUUUUUCGAGAGUUGUAUUCUGGAAACCCAUCCCCUCAUGUUCCGUAUAAGUUACUGCACCUGGUGUGGAUACAUGCGCGGCAUUUAGCAGGGUACAGGCAACAGGAUGCCCAUGAGUUCCUCAUUGCUGCAUUAGACGUGCUGCACAGGCAUUGCAAAGGUGAUGAUGUUGGGAAGGCAGCCAGCAAUCCCAACCACUGUAACUGCAUCAUAGACCAAAUCUUCACAGGUGGCCUGCAGUCCGAUGUCACUUGUCAAGCUUGCCAUGGUGUCUCCACCACAAUAGACCCAUGCUGGGACAUCAGUUUGGACUUGCCUGGUUCUUGCACCUCCUUCUGGCCGGUGAGUCCAGGGAGGGAGAGCAGCGUGAAUGGGGAAAGCCACAUACCAGGAAUCACCACACUCACGGACUGCCUGCGAAGGUUUACAAGGCCAGAACACUUAGGAAGCAAUGCCAAAAUCAAGUGCGGUAGUUGCCAAAGCUACCAGGAAUCUACCAAACAGCUCACAAUGAAUAAAUUACCUGUUGUUGCCUGUUUUCAUUUCAAACGGUUUGAACACUCAGCCAAACAGAGGCGCAAGAUCACUACAUAUAUUUCCUUUCCUCUGGAGCUGGAUAUGACACCGUUUAUGGCCUCAAGUAAAGAGAGCAGAAUGAAUGGACAGUUGCAGCUGCCAACCAGUAGUGGAAACAACGAGAAUAAGUAUUCCUUGUUUGCUGUGGUUAAUCACCAAGGAACCUUGGAGAGUGGCCACUAUACCAGCUUCAUCCGGCACCACAAGGACCAGUGGUUCAAAUGUGAUGAUGCUGUCAUCACCAAGGCCAGUAUUAAGGAUGUACUGGACAGUGAAGGGUAUUUACUUUUCUAUCACAAACAGGUCCUGGAACAUGAGUCAGAAAAAGUGAAAGAAAUGAAUACGCAAGCCUACUGAAGUGACACACAGAUCUACCUGUAAUGGAAGAUGACAGAACCCAUACUACAACUGGCAUCGAGAUUUAAAGGACCUACUUGACCAUGGGCCGUGGGCCUGACAGAGUAAGAAUUGAACCGUACCCAGUGUCCAAAAGGUCUUGAUUGGAAGAGAAAUAGAGGGAGGGAGAAGAGGUAUAGGCAGUCAAUUAAAGGUAAAUUAAAUGGCAGGAAUGCUCUGAGUUGGGAAAGCAGGAGCAGGAAAAUUUUGACACUGGUACAUAUCCUAUAUUCCUCCAAAAGAUUGUGUGGGAAGGUGUGGGGUGGGAGGGGGGUGGUAUGGGGGGUGUUUGUGCCCUUGUAACCAUAAAACAUCUUUCUCCAUGGGUGUCUCAGCUUCAACUGACCAAUCACAUAGCAGUUAUAAGUUUGGGUGAAAAAAGAAACACUUGUAAAAAUGUAGCCCAUUGCAUAUAUGGGUAUGAAAGUAGAAAAGUGGAGGAGGCACGGAUAUCUCAUUGACAAACACCUUUGCCAGUUUCUUUGUAUUCGUGAUUUUUGUGCUAUUUAAUGCAGUAUUAACAAAAGAAAAGCCCACACAGGCUAGUGAAGGGAGAAGGAAGAAGGGGGCUUAUACAAGGGGAGCAAUUGCUCCAAAAGGAGACAAGAAAUACUAUAACCUACACAGACAGGCGUCAGCUAAGAGUAUAGUGUGUGUUAAAAAAAGCUAUAUGAUAUACUUGAGUAAAUCAGUGAACCUCUUUGCAAUUGUUUUCUCAUCUGUAAAAUGCAGACAAUUCCUACCAUAUAGGGUUACUGUAAAAAUUAAAUGAUAUAAAAUGUGUCAAAGUACAAAGUAGAAGCCUUGGAACUUUGUAAGGGCCCAGGAAACAUUCAUUGGAUCUCUAGCUGAAAUUUCUUUGACCAGGACCAGAAUGUAUCAGAGGUACGGAUCAGUCCCACCUGAGACCCAUGGACAAGAAGGACACACAUUGUGUCACGUGCAGACACACACACACUCUCUCACACACAGGUCCCUCCUCAAUACUGUUUCAUUGGAGCCCCAAGGCAAUGGACUCUACUAUUGUCCCUUGUGUAUAGAGCAUCACUGUCAGUGCUACACCCAGGAUUGGGCAGGGGGAGGGAGAACCAUAACUGCCCUCCAAAAAGUAAUUUUGUCCAUUCGGAAGAUAGUCAUGUUGUUUUCAUGACUCAGCACCCCAAUGAGUGGAUUUUCAGGGCCAGUAGGCUGCCGUGCUUCAACAUGAGGGUAUUAUUUGGUGGUCUUUGCCUUCUAAAAGCAUUAUGAGUCUAGCUGUUACAUUUCCAUGAUAAAUGUGUAUAUACAUCUGUAGAAAAACUGGUUUCCAAAACUCAUUGGUCGUCAGAAUUGAUAGAGUGACUUGUUAGUCUCUCCCUGAUUCUGACAGGGAGCAGAGUAGCCUGAGAGAGCUAAGUCCAUACAGAUGGGAUGAGCCCAGGAUGGGGUAAACACUUGUGAUUUCUUCCUUUCUUUUCAGCAUCAGGUACAAAAGUACCUACUACCUAGAAAAGCCUGAGGGAAAACUCAAUGUGUAUCAGAUCUAUGUGGCUUGGAUCCAGUGGCUUGUGUGAAAGGUUGGGCUCCCCAUGGCUUCCCAAGUCUGCUUUGUGGUCAACUCACUUGGAAAUAAAUAUUUAUUAAUGUGGCUACUUUUUUAUGGACUACAUCAUCAGCGAGCUCAUAGGCUUCUUGAGGACAGGGAUUGUGUCUUAUAACCUUCUGCAUUCUCAGCCCCUGGCAUAUAGUCGUUUUCAAAACAUUUACUGAAUGAAUGGGUGAAUGAACACAUACACCUACCUCAUAAAAUUUUCGUCAACACCCAGGGCCUGUAAUUCUUAGGAGAAAAUGUAAAAAGUUGAUAUUUUUGGCAUCUUGCAGGAUGGGGGAGGUCAAGAGAUAGGUGGCCUCAGAUGAUACUUGGCAACUUCAUGUAGGGUCUCUAUAACUACCUUUGGGGAUGUGUCUGGUAGCCCCGCCUAGGAAAACACAGCCCAUGUUCUCUGUCCUCUGCUAGUCAGGCAUGUACCACCAGAUUCUGACUGCUUAAACAGAAAUGGUCUUUAUUUUUUUUUAAACAUUUUCAUUUGGAAAUAAUUUAAAACUUACAGAAAAGUUGCAAAAAUAAAAAUAAUGCAUAGGACAUCCAUAUAUACCCUUUACCCAGAUUUACCUAUUGUUAACAUUUUAUCCAUUUGUUUUAUCAUUUACAGGUGCAUACUCUCCCAAAUAUGUAUGUAUGUGUAUCUUUUAGCCAUAUGAGAGUAAAUUGCAUACAUCAUGGCACUUCAUGCCUAAAUACUUCAGUGUGCAUUUCCUACAAAUAGGCAUAUUCCCUUAUGUCACCACAGUAUAGUUGACAACUUUGGUAAAUUUACAAUUAGUAUAACACUUCAAUAUACCAUUUGUACUCCAAUUUUGUGUGUUGAUCCAAUGUCCUUUAUAGUACUUUCCCCCUCCUUUACAGGAUCUGGUCUAGGGUGAGGUAUUGCAUUUAAUUGUCUUGUAUCUUUAGCCUCCUUUCAUCUGGAACAUUUCCACAACCUUUCUUCCUCUUUUAUGGCAUUAGCAUUUUUAAUAGAACAUUCCUUAUUUUGAAUUUGUCUGAUACAGAAACUGUCUUUUAAAUGCCCUGCACUCAGGAAUAUUUCUAAAAGGACUAAUAGAUAUGAAUUGCACGAGACUGCUGAACCUGAUGUUGCUGUUUUCAACUGGUGGAAGGUACAGACCACUAGAGGGAGCAGCUGUGCCUGGCACUUCCUGAUUGAACCACGUACCUUAUCUGCUCUGGAAAACACCAUUGUCCCUCAGCAACAGGGGAGCCAUUCAAGCCCAGCCCUACCAGUCACCAACCCCCAAAUUGAGCAAAGGAAUGUAACAGCAGCCAGGGCCUGCUUUCACAUCAUACCACUGUGGGACCCAGGGCGUCAUGUAUUCAGCAGGUAUGUUACCUUGAGCUCAAACUGAGAUUCAGGCGUGUUUGAGCAUGUAUGGCACAUGGGUGGGCACCUCCAUUGUUGAGGCAUUUAGGCGAAUCGGGGGAACACCCUUGGCACCUUCAUUAACAUUCCCUGGUGCACAGCAGCUGUCAUGGGAGUGGGUGGGUACUGCUUGUUAAACAGCUUCAUGGGCAGAGUACACAAAGAUGGGGCCCAGAAUAAGUAAAGAAGAACAUGGGAGAUGUUUAAAACAGAUUGGUUUUUAACUUCCUGGGGACUUUGAGACACAACUGGGCUCUUUUACUGAGGGCUAGAAUUCCUGUGUGAGCAGAUAGGGGCAAGAGCCAGUGAAAUUUAAGCUACUCCUUUAAUAGUGAGUCCAUGUACAUCCACAAGCUGGUAAGGCCUGGGGAAACUCUUGGAAGCUGACUGGAAGGAAGCAGGAGGAGUGCCUUUGAAUCACUGGUAGUGUUCUGUUUCUUGAUCUGGGUGCUGUUUACAGAGAUGUGUUCAUAUAUAGAUUUAUGAUCUUGGACCAAAAGGGUACAGGCAAAAGAUGGAUGCUCACAACCAGGGGUCUUACCACCCAUAGAGCUCAGAAUGAGAGGCAAAAAAAUGGAGUGUUUUCCUUUUACCCAUUACAUAUGCUUCCCAGGUUUUUUUGGCCUAACCUGGUUAGAAAUCCAGAACCCUACCACUUCCCAGAGUAGCCAGAUGCUAAACCUUACUCUGGCCUACAAAUCACUAGGUAACACCUCACUUCUUCCCCAUACACAGGGAAUUCUGAUCAGGGAUGGCAUCAACCAAGAGGUCUUUUCCAAUCAAGGAACAGGCCGCCAUAAAAUUCAUAUUAUCAUAAUGCACUAGACCUGGUGCCAGGAACCUACGAUUUCUCCAAACUUUCUCUCCCAGAAAUGAAGGCCCAAGACCUCUGAGAGUAUAUAGCCCAGCACUCACAGCAGUGUGUCAUUACACAUGUACCUUCCCCUACAGGUGACCCAAUGCCUUUUUUAACCUUUCACAUUGAAGUAUAUCAAAUAUACAGGAAAAGAGUACGUAUCAUAAGGGUACAGCUUGAGGAAUUUCUACAAAUUCUGUAAACGACAUUCAGAUCAAGAAACAGAACAUUAAUUACUGGUAACUCAAGCACCCCUCCGGCUUCCUUCCAGUCAAAUUCCGACAGUAGUUAAUCCCUGUCCUGACUUUUUCACUUAGGUUAGUGUUGCCUGUUUUCAUACCUUAUGUAAAUAGAAUCAUUCAGUAUGUAUUCUUUUGUGUUUGGCUUCUGUCGUAGUCAUCUAGUGCUGCUAUAACAGAAAUACCACAAGUGGAUGGCUUUAACAAGGAGAAGUUUAUUCUCUCACAGUCCAAUAGGCCAGAAGUCCGAACUCAGGGAGCCAGCUCCAGGGGAAGGCUUUCUCUCCCUGUCACCUCUGGAGGAAGGUCCUUGUCAUCAGUCUUCCCUUGAUCUGGGAGCAUCUCAGCACAGGAACCUCAGGUCCAAAGGACGCGCUCUGCUCCCAGUGCUGCUUUAUUGGUGGUAUGAGACCCCCAACUCUCUGCAUGCUUCCCUUUCCUUUUAUCUUACAAGAGAUAAAAGGUGAUGCAGGCCACACCCCAGGGAAACUACAUUGGAUCAGGGAUGUGGCCUGAGCAAGGGUGUUACAUCCCACCCUAAUCCUGUUUAAUCACAGGCAGAGAUUAUGAUUUAUAACACAUAGAAAAAUCACAAAAUGGAGGACAACCACACAUGGCCUAGCCAAGUUGACACAUAUUUUUUGGGGACACAAUUCAAUCUAUUACAGCUACUUUUGCUCAACAUUAUUUUAUGAGCUUCAGAUCUGAAGACUUUUGUUAAGAAAAAUUAUGAAAGGGCUCCACUAUUAUUAUUAUUAUUUAAUAUUUGAAAAUCACUAUGCUAAGGAAUUUCAGACCUCAGGGGAAUAAUGUACUUAAAUUACAUGGGUGAUAUAUCUGGAAAAUAAUCCAGCAUAUUACAGAGACCUGGCCUCAUAUGUGCCCUUAAUCUGGAUGGUCCUGAGGGAGAUUUAAUUUCCUUGAAACCUAAAUAAGUAGGUAUUUAUGAGAAAGGAAGUGAUAAGGGAAAAUGCUUAAUUAUAAAUAAGGUAUAAAAUCAUAUGUAUAAAGUAUGGUUUCUUCUGGCAAUAUAGCACAUUAAGAUAGUAUGACUAACCCUCGCCCCACACAUGUAUAUUAAUACUAGAUAAAACACACACAUAUUAACGCUAGGUAAAACAAACACAUAUUAACACUACAUAAACUAUAACAAACAAUUAAAUUUAUAGCUGACCUUAAAAAAAAAUCUCCAGAGAUACAAAAAGAAGAAGCCAGUGUAGUAAACUGACAACCCAUUGCAGUAUUGGUUCCAGAUAUCAGGCCCUAGGGGCUAGGAACUUGGAGCUGGGAGUCUACUCCCCAAGCAGAUUUUGAUGACACAGACUUUGAUGACCAGAGACAGAAGAACUGGAACUGAAACCUGGAUAAAGCCUUUAGUAAACUUGAGACAGAUAGGGUUAACUGUGCUGGUGGAACAAAAGAGCUGUUAUAAGAUUACCAUCUAGAAGUUGGGUAAACAGGAACCACACCCUGUCAACAUGAGAUAAGGCCGAAACAACCCAGGAAUUACUAUCUCCUUCUUAGUGUUUUUCUAGUCCCUUCCCCCUUUACAGGCUCCCGCAUGCACAGAAAAACAAAGUGUGACCGCUGUUUAACCUUCCUUAGCCCUCCGAAGAUGGUGACGUGGUGCCAAAGAUCAGUGUGCUUGCACUAUAUCCCAUAAUAAGUAAUGCCAAGGGCUGCCGAGAGGUUUCCAUCUUGAAUAUCAGUGGGUUCCAUCCUAGACUCAACCUAAUUAACAUGCACCACCAUUCUAAGAACUACCCACCCCUUGAAAGAAAACCCACUAAAUAUUCAUUACUCUAUUGUCUCCACCGAACCCUUAUGAGCCCUAGCCUUGCUUCCCUUUUCCAGUCAGUCUUUUGGAGAGGCUUAGAUCCCCGCUGACUCCUUUUGUUUGACUCAAGCAAAAUAAAGCUUACUGAAGAUAAAGUUUGUCUUUUGUGUGUAUUCUUACUCAGGAAAAGACAAGGACCCUUUGUGUCAGAUUGGCAAUUGGUAACAGCUUCUCUGCCCGUUAAAAAGGGUUUGAAAAGGAAGAAAUGAAGAGGCUUAUGCUCUCCCUGGAGCCACCAGAAGAAGUAAAAUCCCCAGGCCUAUGUGGAUGUGGGUCUAAAUCUACCCUACUGUGUGUUAUAAGAACCACAUGCUGAAACAUUAAAAGAAAAGAAAAAAGCAGAAGUAUUGAAACUUCUAGAACCUUAGCAAAAGCAAAUACAUUUUCAUAAUCCAGGGCACAUGAUAAAAACAGUAUCUGCCAAAGAUGUGCUCUGAGACGAACAACGAAAAUAUAGUGCUUGCAAAAAAAACGGUGCACCAUGGAGGAGAGUUAGCAGUUGAUACAAGAGGAGAAUCUUAUCCCAAGAAAUACUGAUGAGAGAAAUUACUACUCCUUUUUUGAGGGUGAAAUAGGAUGUUUUCAGAAAAAAAAAACUAAGUUGAUCACUGAUAAACUCUCACUAAAAUAACUACUGACAGAUAUACUUAAGGAAGAAAGAAAUUGAAAUCAGAGAGUAAGUGGUGAGUGGGAGGCAAGUUAUGGUGAACAAAAAUUGGUAAACGUGGGAAAUCUAAGUGAGCAUUAAGUGUAUAAAACAAUAAUGUUGAAUAAUACGGGGGUAUAAAAACAAACUGAAACUGAAAGCACGGGCCCACAAAAACAUUUAAGACCACAGGGGACUAUUAAUACUUAAGGCAUUCUAAGGUUCUUGGUGUUGUUUGAGAAGAGGGUAGGGAUAUUGCCUGAAUUUAGACCUUGAUAAAUCAAGUAAUGUUUAAACAUUUAAGAGUAUAGACUUCUAGUUUCUGACGAUGGCAGGGUUGGUUAUUUAAUUCAAAUUUCCUACUGGAUGAAAUCUUUAAAAAUCACUUUUUAAAAGUCUGAAGAAUUGAGAGGGCAGAGGGAAACUCCCAGGCAAUUUUUGGAUGAAAGCCUGUAACCAGACAGGUAAACAGAAUAUCAGAGCACCAAAGUCAAUUUUCUCUGAGAUCGUUUGCCUGCACUGCACACAUGAGUUGUGGUCCAAUGGCUGCACAGGACUACAGGAAAAUAGCUCUCAGGGCCAACAAAAGGUAGG